UUGCACCAUUAUUGAUGUUGGAAUAGUUUAACUUAGUAUUGGAAUAAAAAAUGUUUUGCUGCUGUGGAUUGACGAUUAACUCAAAUAGACACGAAAUGUUUGGGUGGAGAUGGUGUUUGGUUUCCAUGGCAACCCUCGCACAGGCUGUGUUCGAAUGAGACCCUGUAAGAAGGGCGUGAUGUUGAAUUUGAUGAAAGUCGUGCUUCACUUAAACUGUUGAUAGAUUAGGGCGGUAAAAAAACAAACAAAAAAAACAUUACAACACACUGCGACACAGAGGCGGUAACUAAUUAUAAUACAUUUUCAUUACUGGCCAUAGGUGUUUGCUGUUUGUUUGGUAUAUAGCUGGGGCAAACGUCUGCUGGGAUGCAAGAGCAGAGAAACAUGGCAGAUCUGCAGGCUUUCCUGGAUGACGGCCUGAGAUCAGAGGAGCUGCUCCGGCUUCGCCUGCAGUCCCUGAAGGAGGCCAACACACAGCAGUUGCUGGAGGCAGAGAAGAGGCAGAGAGAAGCUCUGGAGAAGAGGAUUCAGCAGAACUCCAAGCUGUCUGCAGACACAGACGGGAUAUCUAGUGCUGAAAGACAACUCGAGGCGUUUUUCAACAGCCAGACCAGAUGGGCUGGACCGCGAACAACUAGAUCUGACUUGACCUCUAAUAAGGGAUCAAUCACAGGAACCUCCCAGCACAUCAAGCACACAGAGAGAUGCGUCACUGCCUCCACAGCCAACGUAUCGACAACAUCAGUCCCCCGGCAAGAUCACCGGAGUCCUAAAGCCAUCCACGUGGGACCACAGUGCGGCCGACCGCAUGCAGAGACUACUAAACCGAGCAGAGAGGAGGAGGAGGAGGCUGAAUGUCAGAGGAAGUUCACGGCUGCUCCUGUGCCCAGUCACGUGUUCCUGCCCCUUUACCAGGAGGUUGUGGAGGGGAGAGAGCAGGUGAGGAAACAGGGACUCGAGCAGAGAAGGAACUUCCUGGUUUCCAUGCAGAAGCCCUUCAGCUUCAUGGAGGUAGAUGAGAGGAAGAGAGAGAAGCUUGUGGACACGUUUAGCGGUGUCACACAGGACCAGAAAGCCAAGGCUGUCUCGAUCAGGAAACCAAUACCCAAAGCAGUCAUGGAUCCUGCCAUUUCUGAGCGUUUAAAAGCGGAAGAGCUGAACAGGAAGGUCCGUAUCCAGGCUAGGGCCCAGGAAACACUAAGGAAGUCCUUGUGUCCUCUACAGACCCAGAUCGCCUCCAACACUACCCAGCUUCGCAGCUCCCAGCGCACCAAGAGGGAGAUCCUGGCCUUCCUGGAUGAGAAGCCAAGCUUCCGUCCCAGAACCAACUCCCAGGUCCCGGAUUUUGACAGGCUGCACAAGGCCUUCCAGAAAGAGGCCCUGAGGAGUGCAGAGAGGAGAGAGGUGACCAGGUGCCAGCCUUUCCACCUGCGGACAUCCACCCUGCCCACACGACCCAGUAAGGCCAGCCAGGAAAACACUCAGGAGCCCAUAGUCAGUGUUCGUUUAAAGAGAAGUCAUUCGUUCGGCGGUGUGACUUCCCUUUCCACUGACACCCUCCCCACAUACAUCACCGAUGCUGCUAGACAACGCUGCCUGGCUAUUAGAAAGUCGAUGGAGCAAAUUGACAGCCAGAAGCAGGAGAGCGCAGAAUGGAUGAGGAGGCACGAGAUGCGGUCUCAGGCACUGAAGAAGACGGUUAGCAUGCGGGCCAAGGUCAUGGACCCCCACAGCAGCCUGAAAGAUGUGUACCAUGAGAAGCUGAAGCAGCACAAGGAGGCCGACCAGCAAAGGGCGAGAGAAUACAAGAAGGAGCUCCGGAACAUGAAGGCAAGAAUCACGGUGCGUCCAUACCUGUUUGAACAGGUGACGCAGAGAAACGCCAAGGCGGACGUGGAGCGCCGGUACAGAGACAAGCUGAAGGAGGCCGGAGUAAAUGAACAUUUUGUUGCGACAAUGGGAAGAGAGGAAGUGACAUCACUAAAAUCUGACAAGGAAGAGGAUGCUGAUGACCAAAGUGUAGCAAGCGACACCCAGUCAAGGGAAGCCGGAGUCAGCGACGGGGAGAAAAUUAAAGAGGAAGAGGAAGAGAGCGUGAAAACCAAUGAAGAAAAAAGCAUCUAAAAGUUUUCUCAAAUGUAUAUUUUAGUUCUAC